ACUGCGGUCGUCUAUAUUGCAUUUGCAAAGGAGUUGAUUUGGAGAGAAUCCGAGAAUUUUAUGUAUUGAGGAUUUGAUUCUGAGUGUUUGAUAUGAAAUGAGAGACGGAUAAUGCCUUUGUUUGACGUUAUUGGACUUGGAGCAGAAAAGCACGCGGUUGUUAUUGACAUCGGGGCCGCCUAUACGAAAUGUGGUUUUGCCUCAGAAACAAGUCCUCGUCAUAUCAUUCGAAGUGUCAUUACGCACACAAUAAAUGGAGAGAGGGAAACUGUGAAUGUUGUCAGUCAUGAACAAGACAAAAGGCCAGAUGAAUUAUAUGCUAUCCUUAGAGACUUUCUUCAUCAAGUUUAUUUCAGGUACCUUCUUGUCAACCCACGAGACAGACGAGUUGUUAUUUGUGAGUCUGUGCUUUGCUCUACACUUUGGAGAAAUACCAUCGCCAAGGUCCUUUUCAAGCACUUUGAGGUGCCUUCAGUACUGUUUGCACCCCAUCACCUUUUAGCACUCUUUACCCUCGGAAUACCAUCAGGACUAGUCUUGGACUGUGGCUUUACAGAGACCAUCGUUUUACCAAUUUGUGAGGGGACGGCUAUUCUCAAAGCUGUAGAAACAAUCCCUCUUGGAUCAAGGGCCAUUCACAAGCAUCUGGAGGAACAGCUGAUGGAGAGAAGUCUGGUACAAAUAGAAACUGGAAUAAAGCCUUUGUCAUCUGUUAUGAUGCGUACUUGCUUUGUGGCACCAAAGUUCAGUGGACCAGAAGGAGAGCCACGCCCUGCCUCACAGGUGCCAAAGGUUGACUAUCCUCUUGAUGGAGGAAGGAUUAUCAGAAUUGAAGGUCAAAUCAGAGAACAGACUUUUGAUAUUUUGUUUGAUGGGGAUGAGGAAGGAAAAUCUAUUGCAACAUGUCUGUUGGAUUCAAUACUUAAGUGCCCUAUUGACACAAGGAAGCAGUUAGCAGAGAAUAUAGUCCUUGUUGGUGGAACUGUAAUGACCCCAGGAUUCAAACAUCGUCUGUUGCAAGAAAUUUACUGUUUACUUCAAUCACCUCGAUACAAAGAGAACUUAUUUAUGAAAACAAUCAAAAUGCAUCAGAUACCUGUCACUGCCAACUGUACAUCAUGGCUUGGAGGUGCGAUAUUUGGUGCUCUUGAAGUCCUGGCUGACCGUUCAGUAACUAAGGAACGAUACAAUCAAGAUAACAAGAUCCCAGAUUGGGCCUCCUGUGAAGAACAAACUGUUGACAAUGCUCCCAUUUUAGAGGAACGCCUUGAAAGACCAGUUCUGUCGCGUCGUCAGACAAGUGGCAUCACCAGCACCCUUAGUAAUAUUAGCAGCUCCCUGUCAAGCCGACUUCUCAGUGGCAGCAGUAGAAGCCCCUUAGCAUCGAGUUUACUUCAAAGAGCAGGAGGAUCCCCUACUUCAGGGGCAUCAUCCAGUAUAAAAGAAAGUGACAAAGAAACUCAAAAAGAAGAAAAAAAGGGUUGAAUAUUUUGGCUGCAAUAAUUUAUUGUAUGGGCAUGUAACCUUUAGAAAUUUUUGACCCAUUUGUCUCUUAGUACGGUUAAAUUUCACCGUAUGCUGCCCUAUUAGCAACCUUCCCUUGGACCCAGAAGGGUCCAAGAGACAAGAAGGGGAGACAACUUUCUUUAACCUUUGAACUCUCCUCUCCAUCUGCUACACAUUUCAUUGUAAAUUGGUGAGGAGAAUUUGGUGUUAAUAUAAGAUAACUUCUACAAGAUAUGUUUGAGUAUUCUCAGUACCUGUCUACUGGAUGAAGUGUGGAUUUUAUAUGGAGCAGUUGUAUGGUAAUCACUUUUGGGAGUUAAAAGGCUAAGAAUGGAUGUCAUGAACCAACACUUUUACUUAAAAAUUAGCAUGGUCUCCUGUUAAGCUCAAGGGAUCAUGAAUAUGCAGUUGACUUUUUAGAGUAUGCUCUGUUCGGUUUACUGCAGCUUUAAACAAAUCUGACCAGUGGACAGUUAAUAUCUAAAAAUUAAGUGUAGCUAAUACAGGUGGCUCUGGAGCCUUUUUCACUCACUGCACUUUUGUGUCAUGUGCAUAACAAAGACAAAUGGGUCCUGACUCAAAGUCAAAUGACUGCAUUUAACCACUACAGUUUUUUAUAUUAAUUUAUUACUGAAAUAACACCUAGUAGUUACCUUGAGCAAAUGUUAAACACAGAUUAGAACAUAUAAAUCAGAAUUCUUUGAUUUUUGCUGAAUUUCAGAGGUUUCAAAAUGUUUUAAAGUGGGCAUCAGAUUCUGCAAAAGUAGGUGUCUAUGAAAAGUUCAUUAAUUGCCAAAAGGUAAUUUUUUUAACCGGAUAAUUGGCAAAAUCUUGUCAAGAAGCUGACAAAACUCUAGUGGUUGCUGGCUUGUUUUAAAACCCCUGGAAAUUGAACAACUUGGGUGGCUUUAAUAUUUCCAUGUUUUAAAUGCAGUAUAUGGGGAAAAGUAUUAUAUGGGCAUAAGGAGCAGUGAAGCCCGAGGAAAACAAGCUAAUUUCCUGAGAGUUCUUAGGUGGUUCCUUAGUCAUAUUACCUCACCUAGCAAGCAACAAAAGUCAAUCAGAAAUUUUGGGGACAGAGGGAAAUCAAUGUAAAAGCCUUUUAUGAUACAGUCAGUUGUCCUUUAUGUCUUCUGGACAUCAAGCAGUCCUUAUGGUGUAGUAUUGUUUUUGAAAGGAAAUAAAGUAGGACUGGGCAUGGAAAGAG